GGCGGAGCGGCGCUCCCGGUUCCGGUUCCGGCGGCCGGGCCGGACCGGGCCGAGCGCGGACAUGGUGGCCAAGCAGCGCAUCCGCAUGGCCAACGAGAAGCACAGCAAGAACAUCACCCAGCGCGGCAACGUCGCCAAGACCUCGAGAACGGCCCCGGAGGAGAAGGCGUCGGUCGGGCCCUGGCUGUUGGCUCUCUUCAUCUUCGUGGUCUGCGGAUCAGCCAUCUUCCAGAUCAUCCAGAGCAUCCGGAUGGGCAUGUGAGGGGCCGCCGUGGGCCAUGGCCCGCCGGCCCCGGCUGCCGCGGCAGCUGCCGAGGAGCGCCCGCCGUGUCGCAUUCCAGGUCCCUUCACGAGUCAUUCCGAGUUUUCUAGCCCGUGCCACAGUGCCUUGAACAGCACCACAUGUAUAAAGCAAUAAAAGUCUGUUGUUGAUCUACAAUCGUGGACCUACUUAUUGGCUGAAGAUCCGGCCUGCUCUCUGUAGUACGUGGAGCUGUACGCGACGUAGGUCCGUAGGAACUGGCACCUCUUGUAAGCACCGUCCCCGGUCGGUGUCGCCCUGCUGUACAGCUGGAAAUGGCUGCAUGUGACGCUGGAGGCCAGGAUCCCUGUAGAGGCUGGAGCCCGACUGUGCAGCAUGUUCCCGCGGGGCCCUGAGCCCGCCGUGCGUCCUGGGCGCGGGGCGGCCGCUGCAGCAUGUGGCAGUGCCCGCGCCGCCCUGGCUUCGUGUCACCCCCGCAAAACGCUUGUCUGUGUCGGGGCAGGGCGUGCGAGCAGCGGGCACGGGCGGGCAGCCCCGGCAGCAGCCGUGUGGGGCUCCCUGGACUGCGGCAGCGCCGUGCCCAGAGCCGCGGCUCCCCAGCCCCUCCCGGCCCUGCCCGCGCUGUAAAUACUUCUUGGACAACUUUCAACAAGUGGUGAUUAGUUUUAAAUUUGACAAUGUUGUGUGGGAAUAUUGGGUGCGGGGCGGGACACGCUGCCUCCCUGCCCGCAGUUCUGCUUCUGUAUGUGCAGCCCCUGCAGAGUGUGGUGUGUCUUGCAAUAUAUAUUUAAUCCUAUUUAAGGUAAAACCUGCCUUCAACUCGAUUUCCUUUAACAAUGGAUUCAGUACUUAACUGCUUCCCUACUGGUGAUCACAGUUCCUUCUUCUGUAGACGACUGUAACUUGAGAUCACGUGGAAAAUGCUGCUAUUGAUCAUAUUUCCCUGCUGAUGGCCCUGACUCCUGGCUCUGCUGUCUGCAUAGUGACAAAGGUGGUGGGAAUUGCUCUGCUGGUGCACGCAGUUGCUAAAGGAAGACUUCUUUUCUCUGGGUUUCUUAUAAGACAAAUUUUAAGUCUGGUUACAUUAGAAAUAAAAUUAAAUGGGCUGAGGUUAAUGAAUUGCCUGUUAGCUGUGAAGGAGCAGAUCUUCUGUACAUGUUGUAUUUCCAUAUGGAAUCCCUGGGCCUGGUGUGAGCCGGGGCUGCCCAGGGCAUGGGGACCUUGUGCUGGGACACUCUGUGCUGUGGCGGGGGAAGUCUGUAUCAUCGCUGAUUUUAAAUAAAGUUCUUUUCAAA